GAUUCAUUCACUAUGGUGACAGUACCCUCGAGGUCACAGACUACAACACACUUCAGGUUUCUCUCAGCCUCAGUAGACACAAAAGCCUGUAGCGUUUGCUUUGUAGUAGGCUACUGACAUGCUGACAUAUUGUUGAUACGGACGCAGGAUUCCUGCUGCCCUGUUGAUGUUGACCAACCCGAAUAUUUGAGUUCACUCUCAGUUCAUUAACUCAGUUGACGAUUGGUAAAAUGAAGAAAUAUGUUGUGUGACGGGUUCGGAAAAUUGGCUUCGUCUAAGUUAUACGAUAGGCUGCCUGGUGUCAUUUUUAAGUAUGACAUUUUAAAAGAUCGUGCUUACACUUACACUUUUGGUGCGUCUGAUGAUGAGAGAGCGUCUGGUGAAAGAAUACAACAUUUAGCUCCUCUAGCGGGGAGUUCAGCUACUGACAACGCACCUUCAUUCGACUUUCGACUGGGCAGGCUGUUCAGACAGAGGAGGAAAGCAAUAGUAAAGCACAUGCGAAAUUGAAGAGGAAAUUAUCCCUGCCCAUGAAAACGAAACGGAUUAAAUCUAUAUCGCACUUACGAUGUGAAUUAUACUUCGGAAGUGACCAUUUGGAUUAUGUUGAAGGCGACUAAAGAAUUGUGAAACUGCGGCUUUGUAACAAUGAUGAGAACAGGUGCAGAAAAACCACCUUUGGCACCCAAGCCAAAAGUAAUUCAGAAACCAAAGGCAAAACCACCACCUGUAGCACCCAAGCCAGAUGUACUUUCACAAUCCCCUUCAGUGGAGAAAAGAAGAGUUAAGCCACCUAUUGCACCAAAACCAUGCCUUUCCCCAAACUCCAGCUCACCACAAGAGAAAUUAGGAACCGCUAGUAAUGUGGGUUUGUUAAAUUCAAGAAAUGGUGUACACCUGGGACCAAAGAAACGUGAAUGGGAUUACAUCAUCCCAAUUUGCGUCUGCAGUCGAGAGGAUUGUGCACAAUGCAGGCCAAAGGAGAACAGCAAACAAGCUAUAACAUAUAUUGCCCAUCCAGAAAAAAGCCAGGGAAACAGGCAAAAUGAAGGUUUCAAAAAGCCCAUGCCAAGAUUUCAAACCCAAUUUGACAAGGAGCCUGACGUGCCGGAGAACAAGAAGGGCCAACUCAUCAGCACUUCGAAUCAUAAUAGCACACAGCUUCAGAGUGGCUUCAGCAAUAAUAAUCACAUGCAAAAGGCUCAAGAAGUGAUAGUGGACCUGAAAAGUCCUGUUGACAGGCUUACUGACAACCUUAACACAACUCAUAGGAACAUGACUGCCGGCAUAAAAUGCACUCCGUUUCAAAGAACUUGGAGUGAUGAGGUCAAUGGCAACACUCAUUGUCAACUGUCAAGGACUUCUCCAGAACCCUCAGAGUGUCACAGGUUAGCCUCCGUGUCCACUUUUUCAAAGAAUCACAUCAGAGACUCCACUGGGUGCUCUCCCUCAAUCCCAGCUGCCCCAAAAAAGGCACUACCGGUUCCAGUACCCCGCAGGCCCAGGUUACCCACCCCGGAGCCACAGGGUGACACUAAGAAGGGCAAAGUCAAGAUGAGAACAUCCAGUGGUAUGGACCUCACAGAGACAGUGACUUUGGCUGAUGAAGUAAACACCACACUGGUUUCUAGUGAAAAUGCCACCUUGUAUGAAUCUGUUGAAACAGGCUAUGUAGAAUUGCACAUACCCGUUCCUAUUCCUAGACAGAAACCCCUAAACCUUGAAAAGCCUGCUCAGUUUGGACAGAAAGAGAUCCCAAACAUAAUCGAGUCUUUCUAUGAAUCAACUGAGUACUCCGUAGAUGAGGAGGCGGAAGAGGGAGUCGAGAACAGUGACUAUCAAUGCACAGUUAUUCAACCUAAACAGUUGAAACUUACUAAUCAACUCACUGUGGCAACAAGAGUAAAUUCAGAGGAUGAAACCCCAUCAAAGACAUCCACAGACAAUCAACAUAGACAGCACCUCACGACUGUCAUGUCCCAGAGUACAAAGACGAAAAAGCAUAGCAUCUUGGGAAGAACUGAAGACAAUCAGAAGUUUCUUAGUCCUGCUUCAAAAGAACUGCCUAAUAAAAACAAGUCCAUUGGAAAGCAAGUUUCUAAUUUCAGUCCUGGCAUCACAAAGGGGAAACUGUUUGUUCAAAGCAUAAAGCCAAGAGCCAAGUCUUUCACAUCAGUGGAUCUGCUUCGCCCUGAUGGAAACAAAAAAAACUCUUUCCGAAGGUUUCUGGACAUUAAUAUCUCUGGGAAAAAGCUGCCCAAACUUUUGACCAAACGGGGACAAGCCACUGAUUGUGCGUCAGUGGAAAUGGAAGAGUCUGUAGAUGAGGACCCAAAAGGAAAGGGAUGCCCUGCUGGAAAGGCCAAACCGUUGGUGGUACGGAAGCUCUCGUGUCCAGUGAUUGUAAUGGAGCAGAGUGUGGAUGGAGAAGAUUUCUUCCCUGGAGCAGAAGCUGCAGUGGAGUAUGAGAACUUCCCAAUCUAUGAGGAUAUUCCAGAAUACAUGAACAUUCCAUCCUCGAAUACUUUAGCUCCUUCCUCAGCCUCAAUUACCUGCCAGAGCCCCUCUUGGGCAGAGGAAGACAACAUUUAUGAAGAGCAGGAGCCUUAUGAGCCGAUAGGAGAGUACGCUGAUGACGCACAAACAUACAAUGGAUAUGAGAGGGACAGUGUUGAGGAGGAUGUGGGUCAGUGCUAUGGACACUUUGAGGAGGAAGUCUUUCACAGCUCAGAGGAUGAGGAUGAUGGGAGUUCAAGCUCAAGCAAAGAGGACCAUGAGGAAAACCACCACGUUGGGGGAACCAAGAAGAACAAGGUGGUUCAUAUUGCCAGGGAAAUAAUGAGUUCGGAAAAAGUGUUUGUGGAUGUUCUGAAGCUUCUCCAUAUUGACUUCCGAGAUGCAGUGGCUAAGGCCUCUCAACAGGCAGGGAAGCCUGUGAUUGAGGAACGGGCCCUGAAUCAGAUCCUGUACUCCCUACCACAGCUAUACGAGCUCAACGAGGACCUGCUUAAAGAGCUGGAUGAACGGGUGGCUCGAUGGGAUCCACAUUCCCGGUUAGCAGACAUCUUCGUUAAAAAAGGGCCCUAUCUGAAAAUGUACUCGACGUAUAUCCGCGAGUUUGACAAGAAUGUGGCCCUGCUAGAUGAACAAUGUCGGAAGAACCCAGGCUUCGCUGCAGCUGUGAAGGAAUUUGAAGCAAGUCCUCGUUGUGCCAACUUAGCACUGAAGCAUUACCUACUGAAACCCAUACAGAGGAUACCCCAAUAUCAGCUAUUACUCACAGAUUACUUAAAGAAUCUCACAGAAGAGUCAUCUGACUACAAAGAUACACAAGCUGCUUUAAAUAUUGUUAAAGAGGUAGCCAAUCAUGCCAAUGACAUCAUGAAACAAGGGGAUAACUUUCAGAAACUCAUGCAAGUCCAGUUAGCUUGCACUGGACAUCAAGAGAUUGUUCAGCCUGGCAGGGUGUUCCUGAAAGAGGGUAUACUGAUGAAGCUUUCAAGGAAAGUUAUGCAGCCACGAAUGUUUUUCUUGUUCAAUGAUGCCUUGCUGUACACAACUCCGGUCCAGUCCGGGCAGUUCAAGUUCAACAACAUGCUUUCUUUGGCAGGAAUGAAGGUCACCAGGCCCAGUCAGGAGGGAUACCAAAAUGAACUCAACAUUGAGAGUGUUGAACGCUCUUUCAUUCUGUCAGCAAGUUCCGAAGCCGAACGAGAUGACUGGUUGGAGACCAUCUCUACUGCCAUUAAUGAAUAUACCAAGAAGAUGAUCUCCUUCAUUUCAAACAGAUUCCAGGAAGAGGGAGAAGGAGAUGACAGUGAGGCUCUCCUGGGUUCUAAAGCCCCAAUUUGGAUCCCUGACCUGCGUGCCACCAUGUGUAUGAUCUGCACCUGCGAGUUCACCCUCACCUGGAGGCGACAUCACUGCAGAGCCUGUGGGAAGGUGGUGUGUCAGACUUGUUCAUCUAACAAGCAUCAGCUAGAGUACUUGAAGAAUCAACUUGCACGAGUGUGCGUUCAGUGCUUUGUCACUCUACAGAAGAGGACCGUUUACCUGACCCAUGGCACAGGUCGCCAGGUCCAAAGCAAUUCCUCCUCUUCAACUGGCAAAUCCCCAGGUGCCUUCCCCUUCAGGAGGCAGAAGAAGAUCCCUGCAGCUCUGAAGGAGGUGUCAGCAAAUACAGAUGACUCAUCAAUGAGCGGCUAUCUAGAGAGGUCAAAGGGUAACAAGAAACAAUGGAAAAGAUUUUGGUUUGUCAUCAAGGAUAAGGUCCUGUACACGUAUGCUGCUAGCGAGGAUGUGGCCGCUCUUGAGAGUCAGCCCCUCCUGGGGUUCUGUCUGGUGGAGGGGAAGCCUGACCCAACACAGACCCUUCAGUUCAAGCUGUACCAUAAAGACACCCUCUAUUACCUUUUCAAAGCUGAUGACACUCAUACUUUGCAAAGAUGGACAGAAGCUUUCCAAGAAGCCACGGUUCUGUGACCUUAAUCCAAUCCAAGACGCAUGGAUUGUCCCUCAGGCUCUUUGUUGUGUGAAUCAGUGAAUGAACAUGGCAUGGAUGUAAUAGUAUAUUGACAGUAAAGAGAAAGUCUUUCAAGAGUCUGAAAGGUCCUCCUGAAGCAUCCCUUAAUCAGAGGUUUAAAGGGGGAACAUCCAAAUAUAUUUCCUGUUGUUUUCAGUGACCGCCUGAUAGGGUAAUGCUGUGUACUCACGGAAGCAUGCAUGUAGUGCACAAUGCAAUUAAUUAAAUGAUAAAACCAUGACAAUAUUUGACCUCCUGUAUUGAUAAGCAGGCUAACUUUUAGCUCAUCGCCGUGUAAAUUCUGUAAACGUUUUUUUUUUAGCAAACCAUGGUUUAUUGAUUGAUGGUUUGACAUAGUUAAAACAUUAUUUUAUAAUAUUGAGGAAAAAGUACUGAACUAUUUGGAGGUACGAGUUAACGAUUACUGCCACAGUCUUGUUUCUUCCUGUGUAACAGGUUUAACUCUUUUCAGCUCGUUACUCGCUCAUUGUAUUUUAGGAGUACAUGGAUCAUCACGUUUGGUUAAUUAUGUAACAGUUGUAUAUAUCAUACAGGGUGUUUCUUGUUAAAUGGGAUUUACCUCGACCACUAGUUGAAACGUGGACUUCCAUGCCUGCUUUUUUUUUUUUAGAGAACCCUUUAGUUUACCCACUACUUAUGGUUCCUCCGUUUCAUGUAGCCUUUUCCUAAAGGCAUGGUUGACCUUGUUCAUAUGCACUGUAAAUAUCGACAAACUAUUUAUUUAACUCGUUUUGCCACUUCUUGCUUUGUUUUACAUUUGUGCAGAUUACUCCACGUAUCUUGGAAAGUGUCGAUUCAAAUAAACAUGUAUCACAAUA